UUAAGAACCCGACAAGAUAAAUCUCUCCACGGGGGACAGGCAAAGCCAUGGCCACUCCGCUCCCAAAUCCAAAGCUCUUCUCUUCUCGCUCCCUCGUGCAUUCCAGAUGCCCUUCUCUGUACUCUUUUUACCACUUCACCCUCACCACAAAUAGCGAGAAGCUUGUCCAAGCUUCAACAAUCUCGCCCCGCCGGCGGAGACAAUGCGCCAUCAGUUUUGCUUCUCGGAGGCGGAGCCGAGCUUCUUCCACCAGUGCUUCCAUCGUCUCCGAAGACGAAGAAGAGGAUUGGGAGGAAGACGAUGAAGAGGAGGGGAAAGAAUUUAUGCCCUCGCGGGAGAUGACGCGGUGGCUGCAGAAUAAGCCGGCGGGAUUUGGAGAGGGAUUGAAGUAUAAUACGGCUUUGGAGGACAAGCUUCUGGAGGAGAUUAAGCGGAACCAGAAGGAUCAGCUCGAGGGGAAUAGUAAACCGAGGUUAAGCGAGAAGGAGAUUGUAGGGAGUGUUAAAAAGCAAGAGAAGCAGAAAGUUGCUGAGGUCAUAAAAACUGAUCCUGAAGUCCGUGUGUGGAAUCUUCCGAAGAAAAAGAAUAUCAACCGAGAUUUGUGGAGGGCCUUCAAAGGGUUUCCUGGUAUUGUAUCUAUAAACCCUGCUGUCAUUGGAAAUAGAAAGACCAGAGAUCCUAUCUGCAGGGGCUUCGCAUUUAUUGGGUUUGAGUCUGAUGAUGCUGCGUAUAGAUUUGUUCAAAAGUACUCCAAGCAAAAUUUGGUUUUUGGGAAGAUACAAAAGCAGAUAUCCUGCGACGUUAUUAAUGUACACGGCGUCCUCAAUUCUCCUGACUCCAGCACAAGCACCUGCAGUACCUCGCCCGUUUCUAAGAGUACUAAUGGCAUAAAGCCAAACAAGGAAGAAUUCUCAGUGCUCCCACAUGACACAAAUAUUUCAUUAACAAAUAAUGAGAAUGCAAUAAAUAAAGAUAACCAGUUUAACCGCGCAAUGCUCGCCAAUCAAAAUCUAAAAAAAGUUGCGAAAAGGGAUAAAACAAAGCCACCGAAGUCAUCGAAACGGCACAUUCUUGGUUCAUUAGCUAAGUUAAAGAUAAAAGAUAGAGCUGUUUUCACUGGUGCUUUCUCUAAAUAUGGAGAAAUUGCUUCAGCUGCAUCCAAGGAAAUCUGAUAAACAUGUAAAAUGCCAAAUUUGUCCUUUGACCUGGGACAUUUUUUUUCCCAGAGUAUAUGCGGGACUAAAAUGGCUACUAAUAAAGAGUCAGAGGACUAUUUCGACAUUUUCCUCCCCGUUAAACUCAUUCCGCGCUAAAGCAGAAGGUUAAUUAUCUACCAUUGUUCAAUCUAUUUUUCUAAACAUUAAGCUGUUGGCAUAAUGUUCUGCAAGUUGAAGGUAGCAAUGUAAUCGAUGCAUAGCGGUUUUAGCAAAUAUUGGAAAUUAGUUGUGGGACUUUUACCUAUUUUUUAACGGGAACUUCUAUGUACAUAUUGAGCAAUCAUGUGAAACAAUGUAGCCAACUAUCAUAUCAGAAAAGACAUUAGGCGAACUUAUCCUGAUUUAAUUUUGUUACAUCAAUUAGGGGCA